CAUGUUAUUUUUUAACAAGACCCUUUUUAUUCCGAACUUGUAUUGUGUAGUUAGGAGGUAUAGUUACGCCAAAUGAUGGGAAGUGCAAGUUAGGCAAUGACAGUGAUACGUACUUUGGUAAACAGAUGGUAGGUAACCGCUUCUUUAUUUUAUUUAUAUCUUUAAUUAACAAUUGGUGUUAAACUGUUGUCCUUGCUAUUGCCUUUUUUCUUUUCGGUAUUUUCAUAAACACAGUUUAGGAAUGAAAAUUUAAUAUUUGCGAUGAAAAAUGUUCAAAACCUAAAAUUAUUUUUGGCGUUCCUCUUAAAAUUUUGUUUUGGCUUUAUUCUUUAGUUUAUACAGUUAGCUACCUUUUUAAAUGCAUUUGCCGGUUGAGAAAAUAACUUGAAAUAAAUUGAAAACAACUCAGCCGUUAUAAUAAAAUGCCACUUUAGUUGUCUCUAACCAAACUUCAAUUACUCUGUCUAGUUGCCCUUGAAACAAGUUCUCGAGUAAACCUAAAAAUAUCUAUUAAAACUGCGGUAGUUUUUAAAAGGCAUUUAUUAGCUAAAUUAAGAAUGUCGAUUUCGACUGCUUUUUAAAGUCGUCCCUUUUGAAAGCAGUCUCAGAAUUACAACAUAUAACGAUUCUUUGCAACCGUUUUGUUAAAUUGUUACAUUAUAGGAUUAUUUUUACUGUGGUCAUUACAAAGUAUAUAAUCACUGAAAUCUAAGUAAAAGAUAGACACAUGGAUGUACAGUAUACAGUGUGAUUUCAAGCCUACUUUCAUAUUUCUAUUAUGGUAUUGUGAAUGUUCUUUAUUUUGUUGCUUUUCUAGGACUAUCCAUCAUUAGCUCAUCUUCGUAAAGUUUUGUCGGAUAACAGGAUUGUUCCAAUUUUUGCCGUUGAUGUUAAUUCAAUAGACAUAUACAGAGUGAGUCCUGACUAUUUUGCUAUGAUUUUACUACAAUUAGCCAACUCACCUCCUAAUUAAACGUUUUUUGUCAGGAUGUGGCCAAAAUAGUAGAGAGCUUAAGAUCUACGACGCGGCCGGCUCAACGACGCGCUUGCGAAAGAAAGAAAUUUGUCAUGCAAGACAAAAACUGUGAAUAAUUUGUGGUUCCAGGGGUAUUCUCAACGGCUUUGUCAUUCUCAUUACAACAUUAAACUAAGCAAACUUUGCAUCGCUUUAGUCGAAUUUAGUAGUUUGUAAUGUUACUGUAUUUGAAAAAUCUUCAUUUAUUCAACAUUUAUUACAGUAAUGAAAUGCUGAGCGCUCAUUCUUGAGCUGAAAUUCAGACCGCGUCGUUGAGCCAGCCACGUCGUGGAUCUAGUAUGGGUAUAGGGGAACGUGGGGUUCACACAGUUGCCCAUGAGGUGAUACAUUAAGUACGUAAGAAACCUUUUCCGUAAUUUUUACCCCCCUCCCUCUCCCUUGUACGCAAAGGACAAUAGAAAUGACGUCAAUUAAACAACUGCAAACAUUUUGCGUACGCACUAAAUCGACGACCACCAUGUGUGAAGCUUAUAAGAUGCUUAAAACGAUUAUUGGAACUACAGUAUAAAUGUUACAGGUUGGUAUACAUAAUCAGAAAAUUGGAAAAAGUUACUUUGCUGACGAGGCAUCUUCACAUGUUAUCUAGUCUGAAAAUAUUGUAAUAACUCUGGGCUUCUGAACUUUGCUUUUCUAAAAUGUCUGACUUGUCGAGAAAAAUAAUAGAUGCGGUUGGAACCGAACCUGCGACCAAGCCGAAAAAUAGGUACGCGACGCGUACAUGUAUCUGCGAAAAAACUUGAUUCACAUUUUGUAUUUUUGUUGAAAAGGAACUGAAUAAUGAAGAUGACAUGGACAAUUGAAAUAUUUCAUCACUUAUUAUAAUAUAAUAGCAAAUAAGAUUUUAAAGUCAAACAUAAUACACAUCUAACAGGGCUUUAUACAGUGCGGAGGGCAGUAGCGGCAACUGAGUUGUAUCACCACAAUCAUUAGAUCGACUUGUCCUCGUAGCUGGUGCAGCAUUGGACUAGCACGAGAACCAAACGUCGCAGGUUCACUCAAGCAAUUUUGCAGCUUGCCCGGUGUUGGGCUACUCAGAGUUGCGUCAUCUAAAAAAAUAAUGUUUAAAUCAGUGACGAAGCUAGCCAUGGCAACUGGUCAUGCUAUGCUAAAGGUGGAGUAAUACGGGCAACAAAAUCUGAUUUCUACGCAUGUUAAUUGAAAAUGUUUACACAUACAUUACAAAUCAUGAGGCAACAUGUGUCGACAUUCCUACUUAACAUGCGUUGAAAUCAGAUUUUGUUGCAAGUUGCAGCAAUUUUGUUGCUCGUAUUACUCCAGCUUAAUCCUGCAUCUAAAUGGUUGAAGACAAGAUUUCUGAAGGUUUGUAUAAUGCAAAUCAUUAAAAAUUUGCAUACCAUGUUGGUAUGGCUAGCUUCGCCAUUGGCUUGAAUUAUUUUUGCAAAAUGAGCACUAAUAUUGUACGCAAAAGCAAAAUGUGCAACAGCAAAAUUAGGAGGUGCUGUAACCAUGGCGACCAAGCCCCUGUGCAGUUUACCUGUAGUUGUGAAUAACGAAAACUAAACCAAUAAAAACUUGCAUUCACAUUGAAAGAAUACAAUUUUUCUCCGUUGCACAGGAAGUGGUGGACUAUUUUGGAAAAGAGAUCGGCGCAGAAGCUGGGAUACUUUAUAGUAAUUCAACAAACAUCGUUCAAUUGAUUCGAAAUACGUACGAGGUAUGUUGAUCAUAUUAAGGCCCGUUGAAACGGUCCCAACAAUACUGAUCCAACUGCCUUUUUUUUCCAAUCUUUUGGAGAAAAUCAUCAGGUUUAUCCAAAUCGAAAGUCUGUGUUUGUUUAAACUAUUGGUGAAAAAGAAGUUUGUGACAUUUAAAAAUUGUUGGAUAGUAUAUUUGCUGUUUGCCCAGCAAUGUCGAGUAAAUUUGAACAAGCCUUUAUAGCUGCAGCAAUGAAUGUAUACCCCGCACGUCUGCAUCCAAUAUCCCACUGUACGGUAGAAAAUCAUUGAAUACAUCAAUUUAUCAGUAAGAUUGCUUGCGCAUACCAUCACUACCAACCGCGUAAUUUGUUUAAGAAACAAAUUUUGUAAACAAAAAUGGAAGUGAGGGAAAACGUAACUGGCAUGUCAAUUGGGAGAUUCUCGAUAAUACAAUGAAAGCUGUAUAGGAUUUUUUCGGUUUAUCGACUAACCACCUUACCCUAAUGCAAGAUACGAAAGAAUCAUGUAAGUUGGCAAAAUACUUUGGUAGAUUCUCGGAUACGAGGCACAGCACAAUACAGUUGUAGUUUUUACUUGCGUAUUUCAAUCUGUACUGAGAAUGGUGUCUGUUGGUCGGAGGUGUUUGUUGCUCAGAGGGUUUCAUAAUUUGAAAAAAAAAAAUUUAAAAAAUCACGCCGGAACCUGACCUUAUUGCACUUUUGAAGUGUCGAGUGUCCUCCCUCGCACCAUGGUAUUCAGAAGCAGCGUGCUUACAACUAUAGUAUGUGUAAGCGCUCCUGAUCAGAGGCGUUUGGUGAGCAUUAGAUGUAUACUAAUUCUCAAAUGUAUGUGUUCUGCUAUAUAGAAAAUUGGUACAACUCAAACAGUUUUCCACGAUAAGCAGGAUACCAAAGACCUCAAAAUUGAAUAUUUAGCACACUGUUUGUAUGUUCUUUAUACUUUGUUUUUUACUGUGCUUUACAUGCAUUAAUAAAUAGAUUGAAUAUUCAAGUUACUGGAAUGAAAUCGGUGAGUUGCAGUGUGAACCGAGAGAAUAACCUCGUACUCAGGCUCUUCCAUCAACUGAGAUCAACCUUUCCGAGGAGAACGGAAAUCGACGAACAUUUUACAAUUCCCGAAAUAGUGACUUGAAUGUUUUUGUAUUACUUCCUUUGCUAUAUUUAAAGUAUAUUGCGUUUUAGUACACGAAAGCCAAAGGAAUCUAACGAACAGUUUCUUCGUAUGACAAACAUAAAUUAUACCGCGAUUUCUUUGACUCGCGUCCUUUGUUUACGUACAGUUCAUACAGUAUGCUGCAUAUAUUAUUGUUAAUCUCAGUCACUUUUAGUAAUUCUGUUCAACAUUUCUAGGGGUGGUAGUUUUCCAGGUCAAACGUGUGAAAACGUCACUAUUGGAGAGACGGUACGUUAAAUUAUUUUCGUUAUUUUGUUUGCUUCUUGAAGAGUAGCGAAAACAUUGGUGUAAUGUAAAGACGGAAAUAUAGAAACUGUGACUGUCAGGGGAUGCAGUAGAUGGACAACAUUUUGUUAGUAAUAAUAUAUAUUGUAAGUUAACAUUUCUAAUACACAAUCAGAUAAUGAAAUGUUAAACCCCCGAAUUUAAUUCCCUGGCUCAUGUUUGCUCCUAAGGAAAAAAAAGCCCAUCAUAAAAUUAUGAUGGGCUUUUUACACACAGGGGCUUAUGUCGGGGGUUUCCAGUAUUUGGAUAUAAGUUUUGAUUUAUGUUUAUAGGUAAAUUUCACCGUUUCCGUGACAUUAGAGAAUUGUCCAGCUGGAGGCAAGGGAUACACACAGUAA